AGGGGUGUCAGCAUCGUACCCCGGAAUUUUAGGAGGUGAUCACAGCCGGCGCGGCUGCAAGGGCCAGCCCUGGGCGGCUGAGCUAGGAAUCCCCUUUCCUUUUCUCCGAUAUUGCUCAGGCAGAGCGCUCUGUGGUCCGCAGGGUCUGGACCGGCUUCCAAACCCAGAGCAGCGUUUCUUCUGCUCGGGACCCCAGCCUCCCCUUCCCCUCCAAGCUUCUGCUUGGCACAGCAGGCAUAGCCCCGCAGGGCCCCUUCCCGGAACCUUCUAUAAAAAUGACGGGGGUCCUUCUCCAGACGGGAAAACCAGGCUCGCUACGCCUCGCCCGCACCCGCGGAGCGCCCAGCUCUCGCCAAGUCCGCCCGGAGCCGGCCUUCGAAUUCGGGAAACGCAGGGGGAGGCGGAGGAGGGUGGGACCCGCUUCCUUCCAGCAUCACACGUUUAUUUGAGGCCUACUACGUGCCAGGAACAACUGGGGUUACCACACCAGCAAACAGGCACGCAAAAUGUGACACGCAGGUAGGUCACGGCUGUGGGGAGCAGGGGAGCGGGCGACAAAUCUGAGGACGCGCGGGGGCUUGGCCCGGACGGACCCUCGACCUCUUCCACUCUGGGUCGGGUUUCCUGGACCGCAGCCUCUGGGAAAGAUGGGUUCCUUUUCAUCCCAAGCAUCAGCCCCUGGCACAUGGGAUGCGCUCAGUGCUGGCUGCGGGAAAGAAUGGGUGAUGGGCAGCGCGUACCAGUGGGCUUGCACGCCCAUUGCCGGCCCCGCGGGUCUUGGAGCCCAACCUCUGCCCGCAGCUGUGGGCGGGGAUAAGGGCAGGGGGCAGGGACGAGGCCGCAGCCGGGUCCGCCCCACCCCUCGUUUCCCUCCCCGUCCCUGUUCCCGCGCCCGCUUCCGGGCCGGUGCCGCGGCGCCUUCUGGGAAGUAUAGUCCGCGCCUACGCCGGCCGGGCAGCCGCGGCUGGAGACUCAGGGCUGAAACGUGACCACCCACCAAAGGAUGCGAGGCGCGCGGGGCGGGCUCAACGAGGCUGGAGGGGGGCCCGGGUGCGCUCAUCCCCGCCCCUCCCCCGCGGCCCAGGGCCCCGCCUCCUCCUGCGCCGACCUGGGCCGCCGCCUACGAGGGUCGCGCGCACCCGCGGCGGGGCCGCGCCGGAAACCGAGGAGUGGCGGGGAGGCUGAGUCCGGGGAUGGCGCGCAAGAAAAGUUUUGGAGGGUGUCUGAGACUGUUCCUGAGAGGGAGUGACCAUACCUGGGCCAGAGCCACAGAGGUUUGCUCAGGGAGAGUCUGCACAUCGAGGCAGGAGGUGAAGGCCAUGGGACCUCUCCCAUGGGCCUCUGGGCCGCAGGCAGGCAGUCACAGGAGGGACUGCCCCGGCACUGGUAGGUGUGACUGCAUGGGACAGGGACGGUUUUGUUUUGUUUUGUUUUUUGAGAUAGAGGCUGGAGUGCAAUGGCAUGAUCUCGGCUCACUGCAGCCUACGCCUCCAGGUUCUAGUGAUUCUCCUGCCUCAGCCCCCCAAGUAGCUGGGAUUACUGGCGCCCACCACCACGCCUGGCUAAUUUUUAUAUUUUUAGCAGAGAUGGGGUUUCACCAUAUAGGCCAGAAGCCACCACACCUGAUCUGGGACGGUUUUUAGAAUCACUGACUUGGGCGGGCAUGGUGGCUUACGCCCGUAAUCCCAGCACUUUGGGAGACCAAUGUGGGAGGACCACUUGAGCCUAGGAGUUCAAGACCAGCCUGGGCAAUAAUAUCCUGUCUUUAUUAAUUAAUUAAAAUCACUGCCCUGAGCAGAUGAAACAACUGGUGAAUUAUCUUUGCUUUAUUAGGAGCGUUUCGUUUUCUUCAGGAAUUCGUUCUUACAGAUAAAUAGUUUAACAUUCAUUCUCAACAGGAAGGACCCUUCCCAUAAUUUACCUCCUGUUUGCUUAAUUUGCACAGUUAAUUUUUCCAUAAUUUUAAAUUCAAGCUUCUUGAUGCUGGUCAUUUUCUAGUGUCUGAGGGCCACGUUAAAGUCCACUGAAGGACCAUUUUUAAAGAAACGUAGACAAAAAUGUUCCUGUUAUUUUAAGAAGCCCCAGGAUAGGAGGAGAUGUGUACAGAGACUAGGAGAUGGGGUACAGAGUGCAGGGGACUCUGGUGACCCACAGCUUCCAAGGGCAGCCCCAGGUUUCUUCUGAGCACUUCUCUAACCUGCACACAAAUGGGGUGAACAAUGGCAGCGUAUUCUCUCACAGCUCUGCAGGCCUGGAGCCCCCACGUCACAGUGUGGGCAGGGCCACACUCCCUCUCGAGGCUCUGCGCAGGAUCCUUCUUGCCUCUCGUGGCUUCUGGUGGCCCUGGGCAUUCCUUGACUUGUGGUGGCAUCGCUCCAGUCUCUGCCUGUCUUCACACAGCCUUCUUCUCCCCGUGUGUCUGUCUCUGUGUCUCUUCUGAUAAGGAUAUGAGUCAUACUGGACUAAGGGACCCCCUACUUAGGAGUAUGACCUCAUCUUAACUAAUUCCCUCUGCAGUGACCCUGUUUCUAAAUAAGGUCCUAUUUAUAGGCACGGGGGUUAGGUGUCUGCAGGGACGCAGCUCACCGCCAGCACUGUCUCCUGAGGGGAUUCCUACCUCAUACCCUGCCCCGGGCUCUGGCUAUUCUCCUGCUCCCCAGCAUGCACCUGGAGGCCCGGGCAGGGUCACCAGGUACAGGGACAUCUAGGCUGGGCCCCCUGGGAUAGAACAACCAACCCCCCCGGAGACUGUGCCUGCAGGUGUCCAUCACCUUCAAGGACUUGGCUGUGAGGUUCUCGGAGGAGGAGUGGCGGCUCCUGGAGGAGGGGCAGAGGGAGUUCUACCGAGACGUGAUGCGGGAGAACUACGAGACACUGGUGUCCGUGGAGCCUGGAGGAGCUAUUGGGGGAGGGAGCCGCACUGAUGAGGGGCAGGAGCCUGCUGGUUGCGGAGGUCCCCAGGGGGGACAGCCCCGGCACAGCCUGCACCUCACCGCCCUGGUGCAGCUGGUGAAGGAGAUCCCAGAGUUCUUGUUUGGGGAAGUCAAGGGUGCCAUGGAUAGCCCCGAGAGUGAGAGCCAGGGAGCCAGCCUGGAUGGAGAGCGAGCGAGCCCCGAGGCAGCUGUGGCAAGAGAACCUUGCCCUCUGCGAGGCCUGCUCAACUGCCUUCCGGACGGCCCUGCCAGCCAGUCCCGCCUGGCCACCACACCCACCGACAGCUCGUGCUCCAGUGGCCCACCUGGUGAUGCAGUCCAGGGAAGUCCUCUCCCUCCCAGAACUGCCAAUAAACCAUGGCCUACGAGGAAGGAAGGCCCAGGAGCCCCUGGCGGGGAGCCCAGCCCUCCGACCCUUAGCCCUGGCGAGAGGAAGAGCCAGGGAGGACAGGAGAGAGGGACCUCACAGGCCGGAAUUUCUCCUGGGAACAGCCCCUUGCAAGGCCUCAUCAACUGUCUGAAGGAAAUCCUCGUGCCUGGGCCCCAGCACCCUGAGACAUCCCCAACCUUCCUACCACCUCUGCCCAGCCUGGGCACGUCCAGGCCAUCCAAAGCAGACCUGGGGCCUGGGAGCCCACCCUGGGCAGUGAAGACAGAGGCAGCUUCAGGGGACUGUCCCCUCCAGGGUCUGCUGAACUGUCUGAAGGAGCUUCCCGAGGCCCAGGCCAGGCAUCCCAGUCCCUCAGGAGUGGGGGACCCACGACUACAGGAGGAUCCAGGGGCCUGGAAAAGAGGUUCUGGAGGGUCUGGACACCUCCUGACCCCCGCUCCCCGUCCUGGUCCUGGAGCUGGUGGCCUGGUCUCUGUGAAGAUGGAGAACAACUGGGUCCAGAGCCCCCCAGGACCCACAUCCUCUCAGCCUGGCAGACAGUCCCUCAGCCCCUCUGCCAUCAGAGACACCAGAGGAGUCUCUGGGGCCAGCUGGGGCCCUGACGCUCAAGCUGCCGGUGCCUCAAGCUCACCGCUGGAAGCCCUGGAAGCCUGUCUGAAGGGCAUUCCCCCAAGCAGGCCAUCACCUUUGCAGCCACCGGCCACCUCUUGGUCACAGAACCCCCAGCCAGGAGUCUGUGGGUCUCAGAGGCCUGAACUGCAGCCCCACAGAUCACACAGUGAAGAAGCGACCAGGGAGCCUGUUCUGCCUCUGGGCCUGCAAGGCUGUGUGAGAGAUGUCCCCGCCCGGCCCCUGGCCCCCCGAGGAACCCCCACCAGCUUUUCCUCAUCCAGCAGCACCGACUGGGACCUGGAUUUUGGGAGCCCUGUGGGGAGUCAGGGGCAGCAGGCUGGAAAAGGAAGCCCACCAGGAAGCUCCCCGCUGCAGGGUCUGGAGAACUGUCUCAAGGAGAUAGCUGUGCCUGCGCCAUGGCCUGCCUGGCCCUGCUCCUCAGCAGCAGACAGGGGACCGAGGAGAGUAGAGCCCAGGACCUGGACAGCAGACAAGGAAGGACUGAGGGCCGAGGCCUGUGAGUCAGCCCGUCUCGGGCAGGGUGGGGGAGAAGCGCCCACCCGGAGCCUCCAUCUGGCCAGCCCACAGGUGUUCACCUCCAGCUGCGUCCCUGCCUGCCAACAGCGGGGGCUCAAAGACCCCGGGGCCACCAGGCCACGAGUGUGGAGGUGGCUCCCAGAGGGGCCUGCCCCCAAGCCCUCCCCGCUGCACUGUCUGGAGAGCGCCCUGAGGGGGAUCCUGCCUGUGCGACCCUUACGCUUUGCCUGCGUGGCAGGCACCAGCCCCAGCCCUGGCUCCAGCUCCAGCUCCAGCUCCAGCUUCAGCGGCUCUGAAGGAGAAGACCUGAGGCCAGAGCCUGAACUCUGGAGGCCGCUCCUCCAGGAGAGGGACCGCCUUCCCAGCUGUAAGCCUCCUGUUCCUCUGUCCCCAUGCCCCGGUGGGACUCCCACUGGCAGCAGUGGCAGCAGCCCUGGUGAAGACCCCAGGAGAACAGAGCCCAGAUACUGCAGCAGCCUUGGUGCAGGUGCAGCUGGGGAUCCCUGCCCUGUUUCUCGGCUGGAGAAAAGGCCUGGGCCCAGGGUUAGUGAAGCAUCCAGAGGCUUGGAGCCUGGACACAGAAGACCCAGAGUUGCAGCCAAGACCCAUGGGCAGCUGCUUCCCCAGGGCCCGCCUGAGCCGCCCCGUGAGUCUCUGGCUCCGGAGCUGCCCCCUCUGGAAGCCGCACCUCCUGCUUUGCCAGUCAUGUCCCCGCAGCCGCCGUGCCCCUGUGGGAAGCCCCUGCAGCAGGAGCUGCACAGCCUUGGUGCUGCCCUCGCAGAGAAGCUGGAUCGGCUCGCCACAGCGCUGGCAGGCCUGGCUCAGGAGGUGGCCACCAUGAGGACCCAGGUGAAUCGGCUGGGGAGGCGCCCCCAAGGCCCUGGGCUGAUGGGCCAAGCUUCCUGGAUGUGGACCCUCCCUCGGGGACCUCGCUGGGCUCAUGGCCCUGGUCACAGACACCUACCCUACUGGAGGCAGAAGGGCCCCACCAGGCCUAAACCGAAGAUUCUGCGCAGCCAGGGAGAGGGCUGCAGGGCUGGUGACCGGCCAGGACUCUCCAGAGGGACCGCUCACCUGGCACCUCUGCUGCCUCCAGAUGCUCCGCCGGCAGAAGCUCCAGGGCUCCACCGCAGCCCUUCCCAGCAGCUGCGGUCCUCCGCACCCAGCUGCCACACGACACCAGCAGCACACUCCCUCCUGGGACAUGCCGGGGGCCGCCAGAGUCCCGUUCCCCCUUUAGUGCCCGCUGCCUUACCCCCGCAGGGAGCCUCUCCUGCCACCAGUGCGGAUACAGACAUGCCGAACUCGAGAGUGGCACCAGCCGGGAUCCCAGACCGGCCCAAGGAGCCGAGCAGCCUGCUGGGAGGAGUCCCAAGAGCCCUCCAGGAGGAACUGUGGGGCGGGGAGCACAGGGAUCCAAGGUGGGGGGCGCAUUAAUGGCAUUCCUCAUCCCCACCUCUGCUUAUUCUUGCUGAGGGUACAGUGGUGUCGUGGAAGCCCCGUCACCCGACCCCAGGCCACCCUCCCAGGGGAUGCAAUCUCUCUUCCUGUUGCUGGGAGCCCUGCCCUUUGUCCCAACUGUGCAGAUACCGCAGGUGCUGUUUGCUCGGGAGGCUGCUGUGGGGCUGCCUUGCUCAGCCUCUGUCUGGCCUUCCUGGGAUUCAAUCCAACGCUGCUUCCCUCUCCUGUCCUUCCCACUGGAACUGCCCAAGCUUGUACGUGGGUGGUGUGCGCAGGCCAUGUGCGCCCCACACAGCUAGAGCAGCCAGGAGAGUGCCUCCUAACCACCAGCCAUUCCUGAUCCCAGGAGCCAUGAAGAGCUGGACUCUUGCCUUCUUGGAGUAAAUAUGGGCACAGAUUUCAUUUGGCAGAACUCAGCCCUUUGGUCUAAGCUGGACUUACCCCUGUGGAUUCCGAAAUUAAAGACGUGACUAGCU